CUCAAUUUGGAUUGUAAGAUCAACGCUUUGCUGUGUACCUCCCGAAAUUUCUGUCUGUGACCGUGGGUAUGUAACGUAAUGUUUGUAAAGGUCUAUUUAUAGGUCGAAUUUUGAACGUUGCAUGAUCUUCGAGUAAAAACAGUAGAAUUAUCUCUGUUCUUUGGUCAGGUGGCUUUCAAAGCAGGUUACUUUCUUGUCCUUAUUAUAUAUUUAAUCCUUAAAUUAUAUCUUAGUAUUCAGUCUACCGAGAUAAUGAAUCUGAAUGUAUUCGAUAUAAUAAUUCUUGUGAUAUACUUCAUAGCUCUGUUGGGAACUGGAAUAUAUGCUUUAUUCGCUUCAAGAAGAGGGACUGUGAGUGGAUAUUUUUUGGCUGGACGGUUUAUGACAUGGCUUCCUGUGGGUGCAUCACUGUUUGCCAGUAACAUUGGGAGUGAACAUUUUAUCGGUCUUGCUGGGUCAGGGGCAGCAGCAGGUAUAGCUGUUGGUGCUUUUGAACUAAAUGCAUCAAUUUUACUUCAGCUCCUUGGAUGGGUUUUUCUCCCAGUUUAUAUUGCAAGCGGCGUUUUCACGUUACCAGAAUACAUGAAAAGACGUUUUGGGGGUGAAAGAAUACACAUUUAUCUUGCUGUUUUAUCGCUCAUACUUUAUAUUUUCACGAAAAUUUCGGUUAAUUUAUAUUCAGGUUCAUUAUUUCUAACCGAAGCACUAAACUGGAACACUUGGGUAUCCAUAGUUCUGUUGCUUCUAUUAACUGGUCUUAUAACUGUCACAGGUGGAUUAGCAGCUGUUCUUUACACUGAUACACUUCAAUUUUUCGUAAUGAUAAUUGGUGCUUUAGUAUUAUCCAUCAUAAGUUAUAUUAAAGUGAACGGAUUCAACGGUGUUCUGUCCUUAUAUGGACAAGCUAUUGCCAAGUUCAAUACAUCAUCGAAUGAAAGUGCCAACGCAUUGAUUAGUUUAGCCAAUGCUGUAAAUACAACUCGCAUCAAUUCAUUAGCAGAGUUAGCUGAUUUACCCGAUGUCUCUCCAACGCUAAAAUGCAGUUUACCAUCAACUAAAGCGUUUACAUUGCUAAGGGGAAUUAAUGAUCCUGAUAUGCCAUGGCUUGGAUUUCUACUUGGUCAAACACCUGCAUCUAUAUGGUAUUGGUGUGCUGAUCAGAUGAUGGUACAACGUGUUUUGGCGGCUAAAAGUUUGUCUCAUGCACAAGGCGCCACAUUAAUGGCUGGUUUGAUUAAACAACUCCCAUUAUUCAUUAUGGUGAUCCCAGGAAUGAUAAGUAGGAUAUUAUUUCCAGAUGAAAUUGCAUGUAUUCCAGGACCUGACUGUUAUCGUAUUUGUGGCCAAAAAAGUGGAUGCUCAAAUUUAGCCUAUCCAAAAUUAGUUAUCAGCGUAAUGCCAUCAGGUCUUAGAGGUCUUAUGCUAGCUGUAAUGUUAGCUGCUCUUAUUUCUGAUCUGACAUCGAUUUUUAAUUCAGCUAGUACACUGUUCACUGUUGAUAUUUAUCAGAAAAUCAGAAAGAAAGCGAAAAAUAUGGAAUUGAUGAUUGUUAGCCGAAUAUUUGUAAUCGUAUUAAUCUUAUUGAGUAUAGCCUGGAUACCUGUUAUACAAGAAUUACAAGGCAGUCAAUUAUUCCUGUAUAUUCAAGCUGUUUCCGCGUAUCUAGCGCCACCUGUUGCUGCAGUCUAUUUGUGCGCCAUACUGAAUAAACGAAGCACAGAAAGGGGUGCAUUCAUUGGUUUAAUGUAUGGCUUGGUAAUUGGUAUAAUACGCUUAAUAUUAACUAUUAUCUAUCAUGAACCAAUCUGUGGAGAAGUGGAUAGACGACCAUGGAUAAUAAAAAAUGUGCAUUAUAUGUAUUUUGCAUUAUUCUCAUUUUCAACCUGUGGUCUAAUUGUCUGUCUAGUAUCAUUAACCCAGAAAAAUUUAACAAAUGAACAAUUAUAUCGUUUAACUUAUUGGACAGCAUGGGAUAAUCAAAAUAACAAUAACAGUAAUAAUUAUGAUAAUAAUGAUGAUAAUGAUAAUAAAGGAUAUAAUUCAAAGAUACAAAAUGGUCUACAUUCAAAUGAGAUUAUGAUUAUGAGUAAAACAGAUAAAUCCGACGGGCAAGAAAUGGACAACAACGACGACGACGUCGAGGAGGCGAAGGAACAUAAUGAUGAUUUGCAGGCGAAGAAGUGGAAGAAGACGAAGCACAAGCACAAGCAGAAGAAGCAGCAGAAAAAGGAGACUUCGAAUGGUGACAAUGAUGUCAAUAAUAAUAAUAAUAACAAUAAUGAUAACAAUCCAGAAAAGGCGUACAAACAACAGGAAAAAGGUGAAAUAAUCACUAGACCAAAGACAAAAUUUGAUAAAUUGAAACCUCCGUAUAAUGCAGAAAAGAAUACUUCCUUGCAGUUCGAUAGUGAUACUCGUGUGGAGCAGAAACAGCCUGUAAAUAAAACAGCUACAGAAGGUCCAAAUCCUAUGGAAGAUGAAACAUCUCCAUCGAAAUCAUCAUCUUCAUCACCCUUUUAUCGAUUAAUAAGAAAUAUCUUUUUAUGGUUUUGUGGUUGUGCUGAUCAUCCAUGCUCUGAUCCUGAAGUUAGAGAUCGAUAUGGAUGUAAAUGUUGUCCAGUGAGUUCACAUGAGGAUGAUGAUAAUGAUGGUGAUAAGGCGGCUGCUCAUUCCCGAAGACAUCCUAAAUCCGGUGAUAUUAUUCAAAUCAGUAGUGACACCGACGUUGAGGAUGCUGAUGAUGAUGCUCUUGAAGAUGAAAUGCGUCGUUUAAAUCAAGAGAAACAUUUAGCGAAAAUUACAAGUUUGAAACAAGAUCCACAAGUUAAAUGCGGUUUAUACAUUGGCCUAAUUUUAAUUAUGAUCUUGUCUGUAUUCGGUUUCAUCUUUUUCUCUGUAUAUUUUGGACCAAUUUCAAUCGGUCCAAUACCUGUGAGUGUAGACGACCAAUCAAGUUUAAGCGGAACACUUAAUGAUGCUAUAGAAGUGUUAAAGAAAAAUGGUUUAAUUAAAACACAAUGA